UUGAAGCUCAUCAAGAGAAUGCCAAGAGUGUGCAAAGCAGUAAUCUAAGCAAAAGGUGACAUUCUGAUCAGUAACCCGGAGUCUUAGCCAUUAAACUUCCACUUCCCAAACGAUGUGUUAUGAAGUCCGACAUCCAGAAAUGAGGCCACAGAGAUUUGAAGCAAAAACAAUUCCAUUAAUACAUAAACAGUUGAAAAUGUUUAUUUCACAAGCUGACACCAAACAGAAACUCAUCAUAUUAUUUAUGCCUCAGUUUGUUUUUAAAAUCUGUGCUUCUGAAGGCAGGAAGGUUUAUUUAAUUUUAUACAAUAGUUCUAGAAAAAUAGAAUUUCAAUCUGUUGCUUUGUAAAGGUGGUUUGUGCGAAUGUGUGAAUAUGAAUAUGUAUAUAUUCAAAUUGGAAAUGGAUUUGAAUUUGUUUAUUUUGUUUCUGCAUGUGUUUGAAAUGGACUGAGUGUCACCAUUGUGUAGGAGACACUGUUUAGAGACGCACUACGGUCGAAUUCUUCAGAGAUGAAAUCUGUUUUUUUUAUUAUCUUGCUGCUGGUUGGAUGUCGUGUGGCUAAAGGGAUGACAAGAGAAUAUAUGUUCCAAAACUUUGGUGCUACUUGGACUCAAGCUAGAACACUUUGUCAAAUCCGCUACAAAGACCUGGCCACCAUCACCUCUAUGGAGGAAAACAACAGAUAUUUCCAAUUAGAAACCAAUUCCUUUGGCAGCUGGAAAUGGUCUGGUGGAGAAGCUGUUCAGGAAUGGAAUCAUGGCUUUGACUAUUAUCCGAACAUUUCAGAAAAUGGCUACGAUUGUGUUCUUGGAUUUGAUAAGGGAUUGUGGAUGAAGGAUUACUGUGGGAAUGGGAGGGCUUUCUACUGCUAUCGGUUCCUGAUCCUGGUGAAGGAGAACAAGACCUGGAAUGAGGCUCAGGAAUUCUGCAGGACUAAUUACACUGGUUUGGCCUCAGUGACCUCAGAGACGAGUCUGCGGCAGCUGAAACUAGAAACAGUAGAGACUCAGACAGAGAACGUUUGGACCGGUCUGCGAUUCAUAGAUGGAACAUGGCUGUGGGUGAGCGGGGAGCCGCUGGGGAACCUGGUCUCAAUGCCACGCCAAUGUCCAGCUCUACCUUACCGCUGUGGAUCUCUCAACACCACGUCAAACACCUUGAAUAAACAAAACUGCAAAGACAAGAUGAACUUCAUUUGCUACUGGAAGUGAAUUUACACAAGUACAAAUCUGCUUCAGGAAGAACACAUGCAUCACACAAUAUAACCAUUUAUUUUAAUUUUUAGCUUUCUCCACUAAUAUUGAACUGGGCAGAACUACUGAACAUCUGAGGAGAUUAUUAUUUAUUGGUGGAGAUUCAGAACAUUUUAUUAGAAUAUGAAUGUAGGAAAAUGAACACUGUAUCUGAAAAAGCUGUCCUCAUGGUGACGCUUGGUGAUGGGAUCAAUAAUCUCUUUCUGAUGACAAAAAACAUAAAAUCUAUUUUCAAUUACAGUAAAACCCCGUUGUAUGAGCAACCUAUAAUACAAUCAAACGGAGAUACGAGCAAACUCGCUCGCAAAAUGUUACCCUGUUUCACAAGCAAAUUUCGAAGGCA